UAUGGUGGUUGUAUUCUACAUCACAUUGCGGCACUCGGCUACGCUGAGCCACUGAGAGCAGCACUCAGGAUUUCUGCAGGCAAUGUGAAUAGGCAAGACACGGAGGGCAAUACUCCACUUCACUGGUUGUUACGAGCUCACCAUUCAUACCGAGAUCACACAGAUGCAGCACGUUAUUUAUUAACGUAUGGAGGAAAUGCCAAGUUAAAAAAUGAGCGUGGUCAAACUCCAGCUGACGUGUAUGUGGAUAACGAAUGUAGGGAGUACGAUUCUAGAAAAAGAGAAGAACAGAAAGAAAUGCUCAUGCGUCUCUUACAAACGGGGAUGGUUCCAAUGGAAAUCUUGGCGCGUGGGCACGAAGCAAUGGAAGCUUUUAAUGAUGCUCUAGCUGAGGGAGAAGCAGAGGUUAAUCAAGGAAGGACAGUUUUCAUGGGCCUCGAGAGAGUCGGAAAAACAUCUACUAUCAAGUCAUUUUUAAGGAAUACUUUUGAUCCAAAUGAGGAUAUUACGGACGCAAUUGCCAACACAAAGGUGUGUACCCACGAAUUGCACGAUGAAUUGAAUUGGAAGGAAGCACCACCUGAUCAUUCUGGUGCCAAUGACAUGUAUGAAGCAAAAAUGGCAGAUUCCAUAGCGAAAAAAAUAUUAGAACAAGAAACGGAGAAUGUAGAAGUAACAAGACAAAGCGUGUUAUCACCAGCUAAAGCAGAGACGAAAGAUAACCAGGGACAAUCAUCAUUGAAUGUUGACGCCAGAAACCCGAAAAUAGAAUCAGAUACCAAAGAGCAGACACAGGCACAAUCGAUGGAAGAGGUCCCCGAAACCAUUGCCACUAAAGUCCAGGAGCGAAUAACAGAACUCAAGUUCACAAGAGGAAAUGCGACGCAAGAAUGGCAAAAAUCUGGCAACGAUUUCAUUAUGAGCAUCUGGGACUUCGGGGGCCAGCCGAUAUAUCAUGUGAUACAACGAAUAUUUAUGGUAUCUUUUGCCGUUAUUUGUGUGGUAUUUAACCUGGAAGAUGAUCUUGACUCCCCAGCUAAAGUCAGGGAUCCAACCACUGGUGAUAUAUACGAACACCGAAUGACAAACCUUGAGUUCAUUCUGUACUGGAUUCGUUCAGUAUAUACAAACAGUAAAGAUUCAAAAUUGGAUGAUGGGCAACUUUCACCGCCAGUACUAGUGAUUGGUACGCACUUAGGCAGCCUCAAAGGGAAUGAAGAGGAACAGAAAAGAAAGGCCGAAGAAAUAUUCAAUAAAAUUCGGAAAGCAUUGGAAGGGAAACCUUAUGAAACAAUGGUGUCAAGUUUCUUUGCUAUUGAGAACAGCUUAUCGUUCGCAAGGAGCAAUGCUUUUAAAAUUAUGAACCAGAUUUUAAAGUUUGCAAAGAAGAUGGUUAGGAAACUACCUUUGAAAUGGCUGCUUGUUCAACAAGAAAUCCAGAAGUUGAAAGUGGAACAUAUCUAUUUACCAACCAAAGAGGUGAUUGCUUUGGUUGAGCGGUGUGGGGUCAAACAAGACGCUCAAAGGGUGCUGCUUGAGUAUUUACACGACCUUGGUGAGAUUCUUUACUUUCCUGAUGACGAAGCCUUAAGGAAUAUUAUUGUUUUAGAUGUGAUGCAAUUAGUCGACAUGCUUAAAACAAUAAUCACCGUUAUUGAUCCAAAGUUAAUGAAACCAAAGCACAGAGAAGCCUGGAGGAGAUUGGACAAGGGGAUCCUAGAGGAGCAUCUGUUAAGACACCUAUGGAAGGAGUUCAAUUUUUCAGAUGAAACGUUCGACUUCUUUGUAUCUCUCAUGCAGAAGUUUGGGCUGGUCUGUGAGAAAAAAAUUACAAUGGGUGGUGAACGUCUUUUCUACGUUCUUUCACGCUUGCAGCCUAAACGAAUAGAUGCCACACAAACUAAGGAUUACGGGAUUCGGGCAGUUUCUAUCUUUCAUGAUUUUGGUAGCUAUCUACCUGAUGAUCUUUUCCAGCGGGGAGUAACUAAGUUCAUUGAGAGAUUCCAAGUAAAAGACGAUGAGCCUACAUUAUCUUAUGAGCACGUUGAGUUGAGUAUCGAUGAACUUCACCUCGUGGAUUUAAGCGUAGCCUCAAUCAAGCAUCGUCGUAUGUUUAAGACAACAAUCAUCAGACGAAAAAUCUUCAAUGCCGCUCAGCUUACCCGGGAAGAGGAACCUUCGCCGAUAGUGUGUAAGAAGGUGUUGAUAUUCCUCGAAGCAGAACUAAAGAUAUUUUGUCAGAGCGGUGCAAGGGGCGUGGAAUUAACAAGGUACAUUGCUUGCGAUUGUAGGGAUGCUCACAUGCAUAUUGUGCGCCAAUUUGACAUGGAUGUGUUGCCAUGUGGAAGCAAUGGAAUGGAAGUGACGCGCUACCGCCGACUAUUUGAAGAUGACGUGCAAAAACAAGUCCAGCUCAGUCGGAGAGUUUUAGGCACAAGAGUUCACGAACGACAGCACACAGACAAAGAUGACAUGCUAAAACAAGGUUUUGUAGAUGACGCCAUAAUUGCGACUGUAUCUGAGGAAAUGAACUACAGCUGGAAAGGUUUUGGUGUCCGUUUAGGUGUUUCAUGGGCUAGAGUUAACCAGUUUUGUGCUGAGGAACGGCUGGACUCACAAAAAGCUAUCGCUAAUAUGAUGAAGUAUUGGAGAAAAAAUGUCAAAAAUGAAACACAUCAACUGAAAGUGUUGUGCACUGUUUUGAGGCAACACGACUACAAGAGACUAGCUGGGGAAUUAUUCAGUGGUGAUCUUCUGUCCUUAGCCAAACAUGAAGGAUAUUUGACUGAUGUUGACUUGCUAUUCAUUGCCGAGAGACUUGGCAAGGACUGGAAACCGUUUGGCAUCAACAUUGGUCUGAAGGAUCAUGAAAUACAACAAAUUGAGAUGAGUUUUCCACCACCACCUAUUGUAGACGCCAUUUUAGAAAUGUUGGUCAAGUGGCGUGAAAAGCAGGAACCUCAAGAAAACUACCUCACAAAGAUGAGUAAUGAACUGGAAGCUUUCGGAAAACAAGACAUAAGUGAAGAACUCAACAGUUACUACCAGGAAAAAUAUCAGUAAAAACGAAUGGAAGAGUAUAUUGUGGGAAGUAUAUUAAUACAACAGUAAAGGGCCAUUGUAACAUCACUAUGCAUCAUGGAGUGUAUUAACCGGAAUUAAAUCACCAAAACUACUGUAUAAACCAAGCAUGUUUUAAAUUUAUGUUGUUUUCUUGUAAUUCAGUUAUGUAAUGUCAGCCUACAAUCUCGAAAAGAGCUCAUGCUAUUUUGAAACCGCUUCUUGAGGUGGGAGUAGGGGUGCUUAAAAUCGAGAUUAAUUCGGGUUUUACUGUAAAUUAAUAAAAAAAAAUAUUAUAUGUGAAAAAUAAUCUAUAUCAACACCUGUAAAUAUAGGCCUACUGUUUAAAAUGUUAACAAAAUAUGUAAAUAUGUAUAUAUUUUAUACAUUAAUAUAGGCCUGUAUAGUUUUUGCAUGUGUAUUAUGUAUAUUAAUACUAUACUACAUAUACAUUUAUUAGUAGGUACUUUAACACUCUUACUGAAAUUUAAAAGUUUAUAUGUCUUUAUGUAUAGCCUAAUAUUUGAAAGAUUUUUGACGUACAAAGUGUUUGAUAAAAACAUAUUCAAAAUGUUAAAGAUAAUCCAAAUGAGAUAUUCCUUAUUGUUUAUCUUUACGAAUGACGACGGCGAAGUCUGUGGUGAUAGUCAUGAUGUUAUAGCAUAAAAUUGCAAAAAUAUGAUGUACAUAAUUUUUAUUUAAGAAAUUUCAAUUUUUGUAUCAAGUAUGUAAAUCUGUAAAUAUCUCUGACCAAUACAGCCAGGACAGACUCACCGUAACGCCACUAAAUUUAUUAAAGUGGCGUUGAGGGCGGGCUAGUGGGCCGUUUCCAAUAGUACCCCUCGUCUACUAGUAUCUUCUUUUAGCUUCCACGACGUUGACAGGAAGUGCAUUCCAUCCAUUUACCACCUUUUGAGAAAAGAGAUGCUUCCUUCAAUUUAAUCGAGUAUAAGGCUUUUUUUAAAACUUCAACUAUGACCCUUUGUAACCGAACCAACUGCAAAGUGAAAAAACAAAUCUCUAUCGAUAUUCUAUCUCUUUUCCAUUUAAGAUUUUAUUUUUCUCGAUUAAGUCCUUAUGGUUUUUCUUGCUCCUGAAGUAGUUAAAUGCUAUAAGACGUUUUUCAUAAAUAAAAUGUUAAUACAUUUGGGA